AUGGAGAUGUUGGCCUCCUUGAGGUGGAGGCUGACCUUCUUAUUGACAUGGUCAAGAAGCUCCACCUCUACCACCGCCGCCGCCAUCUCCCAUCAUCCUUCCCUCCUGGACUCAUCUUCGACGCACUCCUCCUCUAUGCCACCUCCUCCUCCCACCUCUGCAACUGCCAUUGUCGCCUCCCAUCAUCCUUCUCUCCCGAACCUCAUCGUGGAUGCACUCCUUGUCUAUGCCACCUCGUCCUCCCACCCUGACCACAUGGCCGACACCGACCUUCGUGCCGCCAUCGCCCCCUGCAACCUCCUUAUUUUCGACCUCGGCCAUGAGUCCCCCCUCUGGCUCACCCUCAAUGACGGUGGCCUCACCAUCUUCUUUGACUACAGCGAUCUCCAUGCCUCUCACUUCGAGAAGACUACAGCGAGAAGUGCAGAGACGAAAAGCGCGGAAGGCUUGAAGCG